AUUCCCAAUCAUCCUCGAAGUUGUCUUUGCCCUAUAAGGUGGCCUGCCUCACGCUUCAGGGUGGGAACGUCUCUCCCUUGAGGCCUUUCUCCAUUUCCUGCAGCCUGGAAGGUCUUAACUCCAAGCCAUUGCCUACAGCGAAAUUCUUACUCAGCCUCUGUCUACUCAGCCUCUGUUGCAAGCUCAAGCUUCCGUCUCUAUGGCGACAGUUGACUGGGGAAGCUGGACUGCGACUCUUGGACAGUGCUCAGCACCUGCACCUGUGGGGUAGCGGGGGUUUCAAAGGUCCCGGGAGGACACUGCCCUCCACACCCUACACCCCACACCCCACAGGACCUGCUCUGUGCGUCCCUGCCUCCAGGCUAACGGGGAUUCUCUGUGCUCUCUCAAGCUCUGACUCUCACCUCCUCUGACUGUGUCCUCCUGUCCUGUUUCUGGAGUGAAGUACAUCGGAGGGAGAGUGGCCUCCAGAUGAGAUGAUAAAGCCUAACUGCACAGAAACCAAGGGGAAUUGAACCCUGCAAAACAAUGCCGAGAGCGAAAGAAAGAAAACAAAAACCCAAAGGGGCAGCCCCUUCGGUGGUUCCCGCUCUUCAGAAGUUCCUGAAGACCUACCAGAAGCACUGCGUACAGUCUCGGACCUCCGUGUGUCCCGCCAUCCACAGGGACCUGAAGAGCAGCAUUGACAGAGAGCAGAUCCUCGGGAAAUUUAUGCUUGUGAGGGCUGGUAACUCCUCAGCCAGCACUCUGCCCGUCUCCUUGGAACCUUUGCUCAUGACCAUCCGAGAUGAGGGCUACACACUGGGCAAGGAGAUCUGCAUCUGGGGCCUUCAGCUGACGAACCCGGAGAUCGCCAGACUCGCUUUGUUUCUGGAGCAGAAGGGGCACACCACUUGCCCAGUGACUACAUUGGAAAUCAUUGAUUGCAAGAUGGAUCUGUGGUCUCUGGGGCGACUUGGGAAAGCUCUGCAGUUCAGCAGUUUGCACUUCCUGGUCCUCGACUACUGCAAGUUUGGAAAUGAAGAACUUGAGAGUAUCUUCUCAGGCCUGGAGAGCAACCGAAGGCUCCAGGGCCUCAGUAUGCGCUACUGUGGGCUGGGGCCCCAGAGUGGGCCAAGGCUGGGCUCUGUUAUCAGCCACAGCGGCAUUUGUGAGCUGCGCCUGGAUGGAAAUCACUUGCAGAGUUCUGGGGCCCUGGCUCUCCUCAGACCUAUAGCAGAAUACGCAGAGACGCAGGGGAAGGACCAGCCUACCUUGGCACUGCUACAUGCUGGAAAUCCCCUUCAGCCUUCCGAAGUGUGCCGGGGAGCAAGCUCAACUUUGAGUCAGAUUAUGAAAUCUUCCGAAACUUUAACAGCGAAAAGAACCUCGCAGAAGAAAAGUGGACAAGGAGACAGACCUGUCCCAAACACUGCAAUGGCGCACCACUGAACCCAGAAUCAUCCAUCAAACCAGUGCUGUUCCACGGUCCACCAGUCAUCAAAGGCUCCCUGAGCGCUUGGGCGCCAUCCCGCGGGGCUCCAAGAAAACGCUGCCGUCAGCAUUUCUGUCCAGGUCCCCAGAAAAGCUGAGGCAGCUGGUCCAGAGAAGUCACUGAGAACCACUUCCUUAGACUUAAAAACACUGACUGCCUCCCUUGGCUUGUUUUGCUCAAUGAAGGAGAGAGUGGAGUUGGGCUCCUCAAUGCCUCUUCUCGAGGCCUGGGGACCUCAGAACGCGAGGGCCAGGCCCAUCCUCUGCUCAAGCUCAGCCAGCGUUGGUGGAUCCAGCUCUGAGACCCAGGCUCGGUGUAUCACAAGAGCACAAGAGUUUAGAGGUUGGUCAGCCUUCAAGCAGGUGACACUCAGCCUUGCCACAAACAGCAGUGGAAGAUGGUGAAAGUAGUGAUCACCCGUGGCCACCGGGAAUAGCCUCCUGCUGAUAACGUGGCUCUCCUAAGCUGUUCUGCUGGUCCUGCCUUAUCAUCUCAAGACCCCACCCCUCCCCCCCCCAUACCACCAAGAGACCCAGUGGAGACCAACGAGUGUUUUGUCAUCUGGGCCUAUUCUUUUCCCAGCUGAAGCUACACAGUGUAGCAGUUCCCAGGGCUGCUUUAAUUCUGGAGGAUUUAGUGCAUGCCUUAGAACAGGGAUAGCGCCCCAUCCUAAAGUGGUCCUUCCAGGAUCCUGAGUAAGACCAGCAUUGAGCUAGACUGCAGCAUCAAACAGCCCAAGUGUCAGUUUCAGCUUUCCAAAUAAAGCAUUACUGUUUAUAUCAUAGCCACACUCGUUACCAGUGGCAUUAAGGAAUGCAAGGGCCCAGUUCAAGGGUCAAGAUGUAAUCUUCAAAACAGGAACUUACCAGUUACAAUCCUGAAAUCACUGCACUCAUGGCUCCAUCCUGGGGUGACAGCUGAGCAUGGAGUGGAAACCUCUACAGGAGGGCGUCACACCCCUGGCUCUGGUGGCCAAUACUCACCACAUUUUGCCUUCUGGAGUCCCAUUGUCACAGCGAUGGAGUUUCUGUUCAC